AAGGAUUUUAUAAGAUGGGAGAAAAAGAAAACGCAACACUAUUUAUAAGGAGCGGGCGGAAGAAAGAUAGAAAUCUUGGGGCAAAAGCCUAAAACAAGAGAAACUUUGAGUGCAGAAUUGUUCAUAUCUAGAAAACUGCUUGUGAAUCCCCGAUCACUUCCGGCGAGACCCGUUUGUUUGUGUUUCUCCUUUGUAUUCUUAAUUUGCUUCUUCCAAUUUUGAUUGUUGCAGGUGAAAAUCCGAUGGCCAAGUCCUCUUCUUCCCAUCGUAAGAAACGCGACAAGAUUUCCUCUAAGGCUCGAACGAAGAAGAGGAGUAAGAGCAAGAGCAGGAGUAAGAGUAAGAGUGAGAAAUAUAGAUCCAAGAAGGUUCGUCGUCACGAUGAUUCUCUUUCUUUUUCGGAUGAGGAUGAUUCCAGAAGCUUGAGUUCAGAUUCGUUGUUUAGCUCUGGGGAUGACCGUAGAAGUAGAAGGGCUCGUUCACGCACUCGGAGGGAUGUGAAGGGUAGCAAGAAGAGGGCUCGGAAGCGAUCUUAUAGCAGCAAUAGUAGUGAGGAGUCUCCCCGUCCGAAGAAGAGGAAAGCAACAAAGAAGGUUAAGGAGUAUGAGGCGAAGAAGAGAAGCCGUUCGAGGGAGAAGCCUAAGAGAAAUGCUAGGACUAGUUCUGUGAGUAGUGAGUCUUGGAGCUGCUCGACUUGUCAGGGUGGGGGUGUUAGUGGUGACGAGAUUGAAUCUAAAAGACAUAGGGGAAGGUCUGAAAAACGAAAGAGAGAGGAAACCGAUAGAAACAAGGUUGAGAGUGGGACUGAGAGGAGUAGAUAUAGAUCUAGGAGUCGUUCUUUGCGCAGUCAUUAUAGCGAGAGUGAUUGUCAGACUCAGGAAAGAGUGACCGGUGAGAGCAAUGGGAGGAGAUUGAGAUCAGUUAUUGCGGUAGCCGAAGAAGACAAUGAAGGCAGAUGGUUAGAUGAGGAUGGGCACAAAGAAGAGAUUACAUAUGAUCGUGAUGAUUACCCUUCUUGUAGAAGUAAUGACAGUAAUGACGGAGGGAGCAAGAAGGAGUUGGAUAAUCAUUUACAUGUUGCAUCCGAGGUGAGAAUGAGGGUAGAGAGUGAGAAAGAGGAAGAAGCUCUUGUUUCUGAUGCAGAAGGAAUUAAUUCUAGCCGUGAUGGAACCAUGAUGACUGAUCAUGUUAAUGAAAAUAAGAUCUCUGGGGAAAGUAGUAGUUUGAAAGAUGAUGAUCUGGAGACGAUCUUAAGACAGAAGGCUUUAGAAAAUCUAAAAAGGUUCAGAGGAAAGCCUCAAAGGAUUGCAGUAACUGGUAAUCAGGAAGAUAAGAAGCAACCCGGUGCAAGGGCUGAAUUGGUUCAAACAGACUCCCCCAAGGAGGAUAUUUCUGAAAUAAAUGGUCAAAUCCGAUUAGCAGAAGAGACCAAUGAGCCUCCAGUGAAAGAUUCCAUUUGUGGAAAUGAACCUGUCUCUGCCAAGCAAGAUGUUGCUUGUCCAACACAUCAAGAGCGUGUUGCUGGUAUUUCCAAAAUGGUUAGCACUACUGCUGUCGUAGAUAAACCAAACUUGGCUGCACCAAAAUCAAUGUCUGGUUCACUAAAAACUCACUCAACUUUGAAGCCAGCACUUGCUUCUCUGGAACCCGCUCAGGAAAGAUUGUUGGUAACUGAGAGUAGUGUAGAUAACACAGCUUCUGCUACUGCUCAAACUGUGACCCAAAGUAGCAAUAAUGAUGCUCUAGACAUCAGCAACGGUUCUGGUUCUACUGCUCCUGAACCUUCUGGAGAGAAUAUGUCUGGUUUACAGCAAGAUGAUGCUAAGGAUGGUUCACAGUUUGAGCAGAAGACCAUGUCUGUGAUGCGAGGUAGUGAAAUGGUACAGGUAAGCUACAAGGUUUACAUCCCGAAGAAAGCCCCUGCUUUGGCGAGGAGGCACCUCAAGCGUUGAUAUUAGGGUGAUGCUUCAAACCACAUUUGCUUCAACUAACAGUGGGUGGGAAAUUUUUGGAGGGUGAUGCUUGAUAUCUUAGUUAUAUGCAUGCGAUCUCAACCUCAUAAAUAAAAAAAAUUGUGGUUAAUUAGUCUUUGGUAUGGCCAAGAAAGGGAAGUAGUUGGUUUUGGUAGUUAUAUCAUGUCACUAUUUUUUCAACUGUUCAUAUCUGUAUUAUUGUUUUGAUUUCUUUCUUUCUGAUACUCGCAGUUUAUGUAACCUGCUCAGGACAUGUAAUGAAUAAGAACAAUAAAAAAUUUGUUAACAAUAUAUUUGGGUUUUUCUUUC